GUCACGUGGUGUGAGGAUCAGCUGACUGCUUCUUCCGGGUGCUGCUCGCUGUUUACUUUGAAAGCUGCUUUAUUUUCUGUUCCUGCGUUUUAAACUCAGUCGGCGCUGUGUGCCGUUGCCAUGGACAACGCCUCAGAGAGUGAUGAAGAGUUCUACACAGAGAGAACCGCGUUGGUCCCGUCUGAGAACCCGACGGUUCCGUCCUACCGACAGAACGAGGAACACGAACCGGCCAACGACACGGCGGCCAAAACGGUGCUGAGCAGGAGAACAGCGCCUCCUGCUGGCGAUGGAGGAGGCGGCGGCGGCGGUUCGGACCAGGAAGUAGACGUAGACGAGGAGGAGCUGACUCUGAAGUAUGGAGCCAAACACGUCAUCAUGCUCUUCAUCCCCGUCACGCUCUGCAUGGCCGUCGUCGUAGCAACCAUCAAAUCCGUCAGCUUCUACACCGAGAAGACGGAUCAGCAGCUCAUCUACACGCCCUUCACAGAGAACACGGCGUCUGUCGGCCGCCGGCUGCUGAACUCCGUCCUGAACACCAUCAUCAUGAUCAGCGUCAUCGUGGUGAUGACCAUCUUCCUGGUCGUCCUCUACAAGUACCGCUGCUACAAGUUCAUCCACGGCUGGCUCAUCCUCUCCUCCCUCAUGCUGCUCUUCUGGUUCAGCUUCAUGUAUCUCGGUGAAGUGUUUAAGACGUACAACCUGGCCGUGGACUACCCCACCGUGGGUGUGAUCAUCUGGAACUUCGGGGCGGUGGGAAUGGUCUGCAUCCACUGGAAGGGGCCUCUGCAGCUGCAGCAGGCUUAUCUCAUCCUCAUCAGCGCUCUCAUGGCCCUCGUCUUCAUCAAGUACCUGCCGGAGUGGUCGGCCUGGGUCAUCCUGGGAGCCAUCUCUGUCUACGACCUGGUGGCGGUUCUGUGUCCUAAAGGUCCGCUGAGGAUGCUGGUGGAGACGGCUCAGGAACGCAACGAGCCCAUCUUCCCUGCUCUCAUCUACUCCUCUGCUAUGAUGUGGACGGUGGGAAUGGCGAGUCCAGCGGAGCGACAGCAAUCGGGUCACGAAACAGACGAGGAGGCGGAGCAGAGCGACAGAGGGGCGGAGCCUGAGAGCAGACGGCCGAGCUCGCUUCUAGAAGAAGAGCUGGAGGAAGACCGAGGAGUGAAGCUCGGCCUCGGGGAUUUUAUCUUCUACAGCGUUCUGGUUGGAAAAGCCGCAGCGACCGGCGGAGACUGGAACACUACGCUCGCCUGCUUCGUCGCCAUUCUGAUCGGUCUGUGUCUGACGCUGCUGCUGCUCGCCAUCUUUAAGAAAGCUCUGCCGGCGCUUCCCAUCUCCAUCACCUUCGGCCUCGUCUUCUACUUCUCCACAGACUUCCUGGUUCAGCCCUUCAUGGACAACCUGGCUGAUCACCAGUUUUACAUCUGAGAGGAAGCCCCGCCCACCUCACCUGGCUCACCUGGCUCACCUGGCCCCUCCUCCUCCUCCUCGUCUCUACCUGCGUCCCACACAGAAGAAGCCGGUGUGGCUGUCAGCUGCUCACCUGUGUGUUUGUACUCAGGUGUGUUUCAGGUACAAACAUGACACCUGCUGACAGGCGGUUUAAAGGAAAGAUCCGCCUUAAAUUCAGCUGUCAAUCAAACCAAACGCGCCCCAAACAUUCCUGUUUUUAACCCUCGACAGUAAAGAGAAGAUUUAACGUCCAGCGUCGAACAUUUAAACACUUUAUAUUUCUGUUUUUUUUGUUAAGGUGGAUUUUUUUUAAGGUGGACUUUUUUUUUUUAAGGUGGACUUUUUUUUUUUUUAAGGUGGAUUUGUCCAUAAACACAUUAUUCGGACACACGUGUUGCAGAACUCGUCAUCUAAACUCAGAUCAGAGUUACUGAUAGUUGAACCUUUUCAUUCUGUUCCGGCUCAAAUUCGACUGUAAGCUGUAAAAACAUUUAUUUUAGUCAGACGUCAGUGACAAAAAUAGAAAUAAAAUGCAUCAUUUUAGCAGUUUUGUGCAGCUGAUACUUUUUUAUAUAUCCUACUUUACAAAUUUGACCUGUUUAUUGUUUAAAAAAUGGUAAAAUCAGCAUUUAAACAUGUUUUAUUCUUCAUAUUCUAUAAAACAGUGAUUGUGAAUAAGAUGAAUUAAACAUUUAUUAAUGACUGAAUGUUAAUUAGUGUAAAGACUAAUUAUGAGUGAGAAUAUGAACAGAAUGUAAAGAGUUAAUUAAACCAGGUUCAUAUUAUUUAUAAUCUUCUUUCAUGUCAAUUUAAACCAAAGUUCGACUCUCUGACCAGCUGGUGGCGCUAAUGCUGUAAAUCCUGGUUUCCUGUUUCCUGUCUGAGGAGAAACAUCAUGUGACUUAAUCAUGUGAUGCGUGAUGAGGAUGAGGAGGCUGAAACCUUCCUCACGCCCGCGUUGUUGAUGACGUCAUCUCGCUGCGUUUCU